AUGCCAGAAGGCGUUGGGGUGGGCCAAGAGACUUCACACCAGUCUACGGCUGUGCCCCCAAAGAAUCUCCUCUUUGGUGCUGAGUUUCUCUGCCUUGCCAAUCCCAGUGUUACCGCCGCUGUUUUCAGAGCCUCUCGGUGUGCUCGAUGUUACCGCCCCCACCAUUCUCCGGGACAUCCACCAUUUCCUGGAGAAGAACUGAGCUCAGGUCGGCCAUUGCAUCUCUUAACAACUCCAAAGGACGCAGACUUUCCGCAAACAAAAGGGUCACGAAAAAAUGAAGUGCCUCCCCGUCUGCACUGUGUUGGAUCUGUAAGGAGGCAGUCCAGCCGGGAGUCUGCGUGCACAAAAAGCCGAUCCCCCUCUCUUGAAUUUCGGACUGCUUCCCCUUGCGCGCCAGACGGUCAGCCCACAGCCUCCGAGCGCGACACAGCCAGUCCUCCUCUCUACGGCUGUCUUUGUCCACGGUCGAAGAGGCUCGGGCGAGCACCGGGCCGCGCCCAUUUCUACGCCAGUGAAUGGCGAGGCGGUCGGCGCGUUUUCCGGGCGUCUGCUGAGCAUCUAGGAGCACUCAACAGGUUCUCAACCAAGUGCAGGGGAAUCCGCCUGUGCGCGAUGGACAUGAGGCUAGAAACUCCCCUCUGCCCAACUCCGGGAUGUGCGCUUCUUCUUGCAGUGUUGCUGCUGACAGCUAGUCUUCUCUCUCACACAUCUCCAUUUGAGCAGGUUCGUCUUUGCUUCACAUCUGUGUUCGAAAUGUCCAGGCACAUCGCGAAGACGUUUUGGGACGCCGUUUCCGCUGCUGAGCUGCCGCAUUGCCUGAAGGCUGCGUUCAGCACCAGCCUCGGCCUGCACCCGGCCUGGCGUGCGGCUGCCACCGCUGUCUUCCCCUUUUUAGCUUUGGCUGCAGGGGUUGCCGUGCUGUUCUUGCUAUUCACGGGGCCGUACAUCGUUGAAGAGUCGCUUGAAAUCGUCGCGAACUUCGGUGUGCAACUGCAACACAAAACCCGCUGGGGCGGCAUCAAGCGCCAGUUCAUCGAAGCCUCCCAAGUCUCCGAUGUCAUUAUCAACGAGGGAUUUCGGGUCUGUGACGUUGUCUUCUACGUCGCUCUUCUUGUCAAGGAUCGGCCAAACAUGGUGGUCCCAUUCCAGCUACUUCCCUUCUUUGUUCAAGGGGGAAUGGGGCCUUAUCUGGCAGACUGCCUGUUUUUACCUUGGCGUCCAAAGAUGAAAUUGACGAGGUUCCGAGACGCGCAUGCGCCCAAAUUGUGUCUUCUGGUCUCUCUUCUCUUGUCAGCUCUUUUCUUGAUAUAUGGGAGAUGCAAAGCAAGCAAUGGCGAUUCUGUGCCGCAACCUGCCACUCUUAAGCGCAUGGCCGAGCCCCUCCCGUUUGUACAGAAAAAAACCCUUUUCCUCAUUGCCAAUGAGCCGGUCCUGGAGAGCCACGUGGUCAGCAACCUUCUGCAUCAACUCCUUUACACACUUCAGGUCCCAAACAGUCAUGUGCAACUGCUUGAUGAGAUCCUUCUGUCGGAACAUGGAAAAACCAACCAUGCCACAUUGUUGCCGUGGCUUCUGAAUGUACACCGAGAGUUACCCUCCGAUAUAGAAUUUGUGUGGCUCGGAACCGCAUAUAGUCGCGUAGCGGCGUCGUACCUCGAAAAGUUGAUGGCCCGGCUUACGUCUGAGGCCCAAAACACCGGCGAUGCUUCAACGAGCCGUCAAUGGUAUCCACAUGGUCUGUGCGUUGGGCAUGCUUUGAAGGACCAAGUUUUAUCGAUCACACACCAUUUUUAUCGUGAUGAUGCAUUUGUGUAUCCAUUUCUAGAUGCGGGUCUUCUCAUGGAUCGACGGUUUCUACGCUUCCUCGAGCAGACAGUGAAAGAGGAGGGCGCACAGCUGCCGCCUCGUAUCGAGAUUGACCCCGUCCACGAGCUGUUUAAAUUUCUGUAUCAAACACGAGGCUUCCUCAUGCAGCAUUCCAAUCUCUUUUGCCCCAGUUCUCCAAUCCCUCGCGACUUUGACCGCACAGAAGUUCUGUAUCCGCCUAGACACAAGAGACCAAGCAAAGUCGCCUCUCAAGCGCACACUCAGGGGAACGAUCACGGUUCAGAUUCUGGAGGAGAAUACAAAGGAGGAACGGCAAAAGGAAUGGCGGGAAGCAGACAAAGUCCUGCACUUAGCGCAGCUGAGCAGAGAGACAUUCAAGGCUGCGUCUCGUUCGCUGUCGGAUGUAGACACUCGCCAAUUCUCUCUCAUCAAUUUUUCGACCGGAUGCUCGCAUAUGAGCACGAUAUGAUUGAACGCAAGGAAGCACUCGCCGAGCAGUAUCCCAUUGGCGCUGAUGCUGGCGAAGAUUCGGAGUUCCGUGAGAAGGAGGCGGCUUUAAUGAGUGAACGUCCUUUCUUCAUCGUCGAACCAGAGGAUGUCCUAAUUGCCGUCAAGACACAUCCGCGAAAUCACAAGACACGCGUUCCGCUCCUAAAGCAGCUGUGGGCGGAGCCAGAUGUCGUCGUGGAAAUGGCGCAACGCCGUGCUAAAGCCAGCGCCCAUGCGCAUCCAUUCCACGCCGCAGUAGCGGAACAGGAGCGAGCGAGUCUUGACAAGCACAUGCGUAAUAUCGCGAUAGAAUUCUUUUCAGAGAAAACUGACGAUGGCGCCCCAGACAUUACAAACGUUAUCCCGGUUCAAGUGUCGUUCCCUGGAGAGAAAAGAGCUCUCUGCGAGAAGAUGCGAGGGAUUUUCAAGCACUUUUACGAAAAUCAUAAAACGAGGAAAUACCUUGCCAUCGUCGAUGACGAUACUCUCGUGAAUGUGCGUCACCUGCUGGACGCUAUAUCGAUGACGCUCCACCCGCCGGUCCCAGCGCGCGUCUUCUUCCGCCAAGCUUUGUCAGACCAGAACGCGAUUCGCAAAGCGCAUGCGCCCUACAAAGAACUCGCAAACAGCAUCGACACCUUCCUAGCUGACUGGCGCUCGAAGCGCGGCCUCCAACGACCGUCAGAGAGUGAACGUCAAGGAAAUCACGAGAGCCCCGCACAUCAGGAGGAAGCUAAUCAGCAGGGUUCUGGGACGAAGAAACAGGACAAGCUCGGACCAGAGGAUGCAGUAGCGACAUUUGUCGAAUCCUUCGUCUCGAAGGUGUAUGUGAAGAACCGGGCUGCAGACGAGGCCUCCAGUGAUGGACGAAAGAAGUAUGCGGACAUGGUCGACCGCAUUUCGCCCCUGUAUCUCGGUCGUCGGUACUCUUUUGGCCAUAUGCAGAGUGGGGAUCGCCGUACUGGUGGGUAUGAUUAUAUCACCAUGGGAGGAGGAGUGGUCCUCGAUCGCGAGGCAGUAGGGGAGAUUUUGGAGUGCAAAACGUGCCGCUGCCCACAAGAUGGCACUGCAGAUGACAUGAUUCUCGGGCGGUGGAUGCAUCAGCUGAAGAUUCCCGCCCUCCACGGACGCUGGUUUCACCAGGAGAGGCCAGCAGAUUACCAUCCGGAGCACGUGCGAAUGACAACGCCUGUCAGUUUUCAUAGGCUCGAGAAAGAUACUGCCACAACGAAGAAGGUGUUCAAUAAAUUCGUUGAUGUCGGAGAUGGACUCAACGUUGGUGCAGAAGAAGUGGACGAUUUUGAAGCCGUCGACUGGAUCGACUUCGAUUGGCAACAAGUGGAAGACGCCGUAUGGCAUGAUCAUGACGAAGGCGACGGUGACCUCGAUGACGGAGAAGAUGAGGAACUUAGCCUACAUUCAAUAGUCCAGCGAGUUGUGGAAGAAGGGAAGAAACGAGGAAAACAAAAUAUGACCCCCGAUGAUAUUGCUGACCACCUUGAAAAGGAAGUAAAGGAACACGAGGAAAAAGAACGCGUGCACAACGAAGACUGGAGCUGGCUUCACGACGAGCUCUGA